UGGAAUACACAAAAUAAAUCCAUUUAAUUGCUAUUUUAUUAUUGGAGUCAAAACUUGAUGAUUCUGUUGUCUGUUUAAUAAAUGGUGAAGAUUCUUAAACAGACAAAAUGACCUCCAGUUUUAAAAUCGCUGAUAUAAAAUGUACAAAUCUACUUAAUUUAGAAAAAAAGGGAUCAAUAGAUCCCUAUGUUUCGUUCGAAUAUCUUGGAAUAUCAAAAAAAACAGAGAAAAAAGAUCAAGAACUUAAUCCAACAUAUGGAGAGGUCUUUGAGUUUAAUUUAUCUGGUAAAGCAAUUGGUCCAGGUGAUAGCAUAGAUGUCGUAGUUAAAGAUUAUGAAAAAAUUGGGCGUAAUCGUUUAGUUGGUCAAGCAACAAUAUCUUUACAACAACUUUGUAAACCAGGAGUAACAAGCAUAACUUUAACUGGAACUUUGAAUGAUGCAAAUGGCAGACCAACCACAGGUUCUGUCUCAUUUCGUGUUGAUUACACCCCACCAGCUGGUGGAGCUGCAGGUGGGUCUGCUGAUGGUAAAGGAGUUGGUGGAGAUGACCGACAAGUUGCAGAAGGAGAACAAGAUGGAGCAGAUGAUGAGCCUGAUCCAGUGCAAACUGAAGAUGGAACACCAAUCCCUCCUGGACCAGAAGGUGAUGCUAUUAGAGCUGCAGUCAAGUCAAGAAGAAAGAAAGCUACUCGUCGCAAACCUCACAAUCUUCCAGAUAAGCCAACUGAUUUUCAGGUUAGAAUUAAAAUCAUAGAAGCUCGUCAAUUACCUGGAGGGAACAUUAAUCCCACUGUUCGGAUAACUCUUGGUGAUGAAACAAAACAAACCAGAGUCAAACAUUCUACUAACAAGCCAUAUUUUGAUGAAACAUUUUUCUUUAAUUUUAAUGAGCGACCAAAUGAUAUGUUUGACAAAAUAGUGUCAUUUGAAGUUUAUAAUUCAAAAUCUUUGAUGUCUGAUGCACUUUUAGGAUCAUUUGGUUGUGAUGUUGGGCUAAUUUAUGACGGAGAUGAUCAUGCCAUAGUUAGAAAAUGGUUAUUAAUGACAGCACCUGAAGAUUCAGAUGUUAAAGAUAAUGCAGAAGAAACAAAAGGAGUAGGUCCAAAGCCAGGUGGACCACCUGCAGGUUAUGUUAAAAUAACUGCUAUAGUAUUAGGACCUGGUGAUGAAAUUCCAACUAGCGCUCGAGGUGGUAAUGAAGGAAGUGCAGAUGAUGAGGAUAUUGAGUCUAAUUUGCUAAGACCAGCUGGUGUUACACUUCGACCAGCAACCUUUCUUGUCAAGGUAUACCGUGCAGAAGAUAUACCUCAGAUGGACUCUGCUGCAAUGGAGAAUAUAAAGAAAAUUUUUUCAUCUGGUCCUCCCAAAGAGUUGGUUGACCCUUAUGUUGUGUUUUCAUUUGCAGGAAAAACAGUAAAGACUGAUAUUAAAUGUAACAAUGAUCACCCAGAAUAUAACCAAGAAUUACGUGUUUCUUUUAAGUUUCCAUCAAUGUGUGAGCGUCUUAAAUUACAAAUGUUUGAUUGGGAUCGUGUUGGCAAUGAUGAUUGCAUUGGUACAAGUUUUAUAUCUUUAACAUCAAUAUCAGGAUCAGGAGAUGAUGGUUUUUUACCUGCAUUUGGUCCAACUUUUGUCAACUUUUAUGGCUCUUUACGAGAGUUUUCAACUAUUCCAGAUGAGUAUGAUGAUUUAAAUAAAGGUCGUGGAGAAGGUGUUGCUUAUCGUGGCAGAGUCUUAGUUGAGAUAGAUACUCGCUUUGGUGAACAUGCUGAUAAACCAGUUCAGGAUAUUAUGGCUCAAGAACUUAUACGUGUCAUGCCAUAUUUAAGGCGCAGAAAAUAUAAACUUUUUGCAAGUUUUAUGAGUGCUAAUAUGAUCUCAGAGUCUGAUGGUCCAAUUGAAUUUGAAGUCAGUAUUGGUAAUUAUGGAAACAAACUAGAUAGCUCAGUAGCCCCACAAUCAUCAAGUACACCUCCAGUAAAUCCUGUCUUUGAUGGUGCGGCAUACUACUAUCUUCCAUGGAAUGAAACAAAACCAUGUUGCGUUGUUGAAAGUCAUUGGGAAGAUAUUGCUUUCCGUUUAGAGCCUAUUAAUAUUCUUAAGAAAAUUAUUAGUAAACUGGAAAAAAACAUUAAAGCAGUAGACAUUAGCAUCAAAGCAAAAGCGCAACCGGCUGAAACAGCUGCUUUGCUUAUUGCUCUGUUAGAUCAAUUGAUUUCUGAUUGCAAAACUCCUUUACCAGUUUUUGAUUCUACAUUAAAUGGUGUCAAUGAAUUAGACUUAAAAAUUCUGGAAAUACGUCAGGAGGAACUUAAAGGACUUGCUAAUGAAGCAAUUACUUUGCGUGAGCAGGCAACUGAUAUAAAUGAAGCAAUGGAUACUAUUGAUGGAUACCAUCGCAAAUUGCGGGACUUAUGUGAAGAACCACAAAAUUCUAUGCCAGAUGUUAUUAUUUGGAUGUUAUCAGGAACAAAGCGUAUAGCUUAUCAUAGGAUACCUGCAUAUGAAAUCUUGUAUUCUAAAAAUCCUUUAGCAAAAGGUUCUAAAUGUGCUUCAUUGCAAAACAUUGUUUUAAAAUACCCUGGUAAAAAGCAGUUUGACCUAGAUAAUCAUCAUGAAGUACCUGGUUGUUUGAGUAUGAUUUUAUGGCUUGGUUUAGAAACUGAUCAAGCAGCCUGGACAGAUACUGAGCAAUCAGAAGGGGAGUAUUCUGUUUAUGCAGAGACAUAUGAAAAUCAGAUGAAUUUACCAGUGGUAAAAUGGACAGCCAAAGGUUGUACACGACCUGCGUUCUCUGACUCACAGGGUGAUGUGAGAUUAAAUAAAGAAUUUUUCUCACCCCCACCUGGUUGGAAAUGGGAUAACCCACCAGAUGGUGAUUGGUUUGUUGAUCCAGAACUAAGUGCAUCAAAUGAUUCAGAUGCAGGUCAUAAAACGUUUUUGCAAGAUGCAUAUGAAAAUGAAAGUCGUAUACCUAGUGGAAAUUGGGGUACUUCUACUAUUCCAUACACAAAUGUUCAAGGUGAUGAAAUUGAACAUCGUGAUAAAACAGUUUUACCUGAAGGAUGGAAGUGGGUUGAUGAUUGGCAAAUAGAUGUUAAUAGAGCUUGUGAUGAGGAAGGUUGGGAAUACUGUAUUGAAGCUACAACUGGUGGUUGGGGUGCGGUUGAAAAAAUGUAUCAUUUAUGCCGUAGGCGUAGAUUUGUUAGAAAUAGAGUUUUAGAAAUAAAUCAAGAAAAACUGCGAAAGAAAUUAGAAAAACAAACCAAAACUGGUGAAGGCUGGGAGUAUGCACCUACGUUUACUAUGAAAUUCCAUACAAAAGAACGCAAGUUUGAUAUGGUUCGAAGAAGAAGGUGGCACAGAAAAAUGGUUAAUAUUACACCUGGUGCUCCUCCUGUAUUUUUGAUUCCUAAUGAUGAUAAAAACAAACCCCCUAUUCAGUUUAUGCCACGUAUAUUUUUAGCUUUUGAUAAACCACAUAAAUGGCAAUUCAGAGCUUACAUAUACCAAGCAAGAGAUAUACUUGGUCUUGAUUCUGAAGGUGUUUCUGAUCCUUAUGCUAAAGUUUGCUUGCUAGACCAGAGUAAGGUGACUAGAGUUAUUAAAGAAACUCUUUGUCCUGAUUUUGACCAGACAUUAAUUUUUGAAGAUUUGUUUGUGUUUGGUUCCCCAAAACUAUUUGCAGAUAAUCCUCCUCAAGUUAGCGUGGAGCUUUACGAUGAAGACAGAGUGGGCAAAGAUGAAUACUUAGGUAGAGUAUUUGCUCAUCCAUUAGUGCGUUUAAAUGGUUCAAAACCACCAGCACCACGUUUAAUGUGGUACCCUAUUAUUAGGGGAGAAAAGACAUGUGGAGAGCUUUUAGCAGCUUUUGAGAUAUUUUUGGAUGAGGGAGCUGAUCUUCCUUUCCCCCCACCAAUGAAGGAUAAUCGUUAUAUUGUACCUAGUGGAAUUCGCCCUGUCAUGGUUCGCACUGGCAUUGAGAUUUUAUGUUGGGGUGUGCGGAACAUGAAAAAAUAUCAAUUAGCUGGUGUAACAUCUCCUUCUGUAACAUUUGAAAUUGGUGGCCAGAUAAUUGAAUCUGAUGUUAUUAAAAAUACAAGAAAGAAUCCCAAUUUCAAAAAAAACACCUAUUUCAUAGAUUGUUUUAUGCCAAAAGAUCCUUUAUAUGUGCCUCCACUAAACAUUAAAGUUCGAGAUCAUCGUACAUUUGGACGGAAACCAGUAGUUGGUCGCCAUGUAAUCAAAUCACUUGAUAUUGAUCAACCACCUAAAGCAGAUGUUCCAGCUGAUUUACCAGUUGAUAAAAUUGAACAAGAAGAAAAAAAAGUGGACAUUUCAAUAGAUAUAGAAGAAAAAAAUAAGAAAAAGGAUAUUGAAGAGGAAGAAAACUUGGAUUGGUGGUCCAAAUAUUUUGCUUCUAUUGGCGAAUUGCAUAAGUGUGGAAAAUUCCUUGAGAAAGGCCAUAAGACCAUUCAGAUUUAUAGAAAAGAGCUUGAAGAAGUAAAAGAGUUUGGAGGUUUUAAUGAUUUUGUUAAAACAUUUCCAUUAGAACGCGGAAAAGAAGAUGAUGAUGAGGAUGAUAACUUUGUUGGUGAAUUUAAGGGAUUAUUCAAAAUGUAUCCUUUGCCUCCAGAUGUCAAAGAGGUUAAAAAUAGAUAUUUUUCGAAAAUAAAAGAUAGUGUUCCAACAGAUUGCAUUGUUCGUGUUUACAUUAUUCGAGGUAUUGAACUUCAGCCUAAAGAUCCUAAUGGCAAAUCUGACCCUUAUAUUGUAAUUGAACUUGGUUCAAAGAAAAUUAAUGACAAAGACAAUUAUAUUCCUAAUGACAUCAAUCCAUACUUUGGUGCAAUGUUUGAGUUGAAAGCUAACAUUCCAUUAUGCAAAGAUCUGAAGAUUCGCAUUAUGGAUUAUGAUUUUGUGGGUAGAGAUGAUUUAAUUGGUGAAACUUGUGUUGAUUUAGAGAAUCGUUAUUUAUCAAAAGCACGUGCAACAUGUGGUCUUCCACCAACUUAUUAUACUUCUGGUCCAUAUCAAUGGCGUGACUCUUUAAGCCCUCUUGAAAUACUUGAUAAAUGCUGCCGAUCAAAACCACAGUGGUUGAGUGUAACUCAGGUUGUGGUGCAUGGCGAAUUGAUUAAACUUGAAGAUUUUGAAAGUUCACCAGUUACUGAUCCACAUGUUGGACCUCCAAAUCAACGCCUUGCUCUUUAUAUUUUAAAUAACAAAGAUCUAAAUGGUUUUAAGUUUGUACCAGAGCAUAUUGAAACACGCUCUCUUAAAAAUCCACUCCAACCAUCUAUGGAUCAGGGCCAACUAGAGUUGUUUGUUGAUAUCUUUCCAAUGAAUGAUGGACCUCCUGGACCACCAAUCAAUAUUGCCACAAGAAAGCCUAAAGGGUUUGAAUUACGUGUCAUUAUUUGGAACACUGCUGAUGUGCCUCCUAAUGAAACAUCAAUUACUGGAGAAGAAAUGAGUGAUCUUUAUGUUAAAGGAUGGAUGGAAGGCUAUGAUAAUCAUAAACAUAAAACAGAUGUGCAUCAUCGGUCUUUGAAUGGAGAAGGAAUGUUUAAUUGGAGAAUGUGUUUUCCUUUUAAAUAUAUGAUUGAAGAGAAAGUAAUGGUUGUGGAAAAAAAGGAGCACUUUUGGAGCUUAGAUGUCACUAAACAGUUUUUACCCCCCACUCUUAAUCUUCAAGUUUGGGAUAGUGACAUGUUUUCACCAAAUGAUUUUAUUGGGAAUCUUGAGCUUGAGCUCAGCAAACUUCCUAGACCAAUGAAAAAAGCAAAGGAUUGCAAAAUUGAACAACUUAAUGGAGAUUUCAUUGAUUUGUUUGAGGCUAAGCAGCAAAAAGGAUGGUGGAUCAUGAUAGAAAAUCAAGAUGAUGGUACAAUUGUUGAAAAGGGUAAAAUUGAAAUGACUUUAGAAAUAAUAACAGAGGAAGAGGUUGAAUUAAAACCAGCUGGUCAAGGUAGAAACGAACCCAAUCUUAAUCCAAAACUUGAUCCACCAAAUCGCCCUGAAACAUCUUUUCUGUGGAUUACAUCUCCGUGGAAAACGCUGAAGUUUAUACUUUGGAAAAGGUACAAAUGGCUUAUGAUUGGUAUCCUUGUAUUCCUCAUUCUUGCAUUAUUCAUUGGAAUAUUCCUAUAUAGCAUGCCCGGUUAUACAGUUAAGAAGAUGUUUGGUGUUUAACGCUUCUACUUUUUGUGAGAGUUUUCUAGUGAUUAUUUUUUAAUGGAAUUUGCGUAUUUGUUUUUAGAAAUCAUUUUAGAUUAGGUUUUUUCGUGGGUUGUAGAGUUUUUUAUAACAUUUUUGAAUCUAUUUUUGAUAAAUUUUUUUAUUUUUUGCUCGUGUUUUUGAUUUUUAACUUAUUUAGCUAGUAUUAACAAUUUGAAAAUAAAUAUAUUUCGUAAAAAUUUUUUAAUUUUUUUUUUUUUUUGGGUUUUGAUAAAAAACUUUAUACGAUAGAAAUAAUAUUUUUUUUAUAUAUAUAAAAAUGACGUGACGUAAAAGGGAGCUAAUUUUGAGUUAAUGUUAUGUUGUAUUAGUUAUAACUAAUUUUGAAAAUGCAAGUCAUAUACACAAAAAAACUUGCGGUUUUGUUUUUA